AUGGCGACAACACCGGUGGCUGUCGUCUGUGUUGGCAUGGCAGGCUCGGGAAAGACGACUUUCAUGCAGAGAAUCAACUCCUACCUCCAUUCAAAGAAAACGAUACCCUACGUGUUGAACCUUGACCCCGCCGUAUACUCUGUUCCAUUUGAGAGCAACAUCGACAUCCGUGACUCGAUCAACUACAAAGAAGUCAUGAAGCAAUACAACCUUGGCCCGAACGGUGGCAUUUUGACAUCGUUGAAUCUGUUUGCAACAAAGGUUGACCAGAUUAUUUCACUACUGGAGAAACGGACGGCGCCCAACCCCGAAAACCCGUCAGCCAAGCCUAUCGAGCACAUUCUGGUCGACACACCGGGACAAAUCGAAGUGUUUGUCUGGAGUGCAUCUGGCAGUAUUCUGCUGGAGACGCUGGCCUCUUCGUUUCCUACCGUUAUCGCCUACGUGAUCGAUACCCCGCGCACGACGUCCACCAGUACCUUCAUGAGCAAUAUGCUCUACGCCUGCAGUAUCCUAUACAAGACAAAGCUUCCGAUGAUUCUGGUGUUCAACAAAACCGACGUUCAAGAUGCAGAAUUUGCGAAAGAGUGGAUGACCGACUUCGACGCCUUCCAACAAGCACUGCGCGAGGAAGAAGAGUCGGGUGCAUUUGGCGGGGAGGGAGGUGCUGCAGGCUUUGGCGCUGGUAGCGGAUACAUGGGCUCGCUUCUCAACAGCAUGAGUCUGAUGCUGGAGGAGUUCUACCGCCAUCUGAGCGUCGUGGGUGUCAGUUCCAUGACCGGUGACGGUAUUGAUGAAUUCUUCCAAGCCGUGGAAGAUAAACGCCAGGAAUUCGAACGGGACUACAAGCCAGAAUUGGAGCGCAAGAAGAAAGAACGAGAGGAGACUCAGGCCGCCAAGCGCGAGUUGGAACUGGGCAAGCUGAUGAAAGACAUGAACAUGUCCGGAUCGUCGCGAAAGCCGGGCGCCGAACCCGAAGCGGAGACAGUCAGCGAGGCGGAAGAGGAGGCGGACGCUCGAAAGGAUGAGUAUGAGGAUCUGGACAGUGACGACGAUGAAGUUGGCGGUCCCCGUGCUGGUGACAAUCAGGGUCUCUCUCAGCGAUACAAGGAAGCUCUCUCCGAAUCACAGGGCGGGAUAAACGACCAGGAUCUGAGCUUUGUGCGAUACCUGCGCUCUAGCAAUAUCAAUCGAUAG